UUGUAAUUUGUAAGACUACAGUGGUAUUGUUGGUCUGAAAUCUGGUGAGUUUUAUGGUCCCUCCUAUUCCAAAGAAAGGGAGAAAUCGGAGCACGGUACAACAUGAUAGAUGAGAGCAUGGUUUUUCCAGAAACACACCUUGGAAACUACGUUGAGAAAGAUCGCAGUUGUCUUGCUAGUUGGAAUUAUAGGUUGGAUAUGUCAAACAAUCAAACCACCGCCUCCAAAAAUAUGUGGGUCUUUCAAUGGUCCACCAAUUACUUCACAAAGAAUCAAGCUCAGAGAUGGAAGACAUCUUUCUUACUUGGAAUCAGGUGUACCUAAAGCUAAAGCUCAGUUCAAACUCAUACUUGUGCAUCCUUUUGGUGAUUCCAAAGAUUUCUAUCUCAGAGCAUCCAAAGAACUAAUUGAAGAGCUUGGGGUAUAUAUUUUGUCAUUUGAUAGAGCUGGAUAUGGAGAAAGUGAUCCAAACCCUGAAAGAUCAGUGAAGAGUGAUGCAUUUGAUAUUCAAGAACUUGCUGAUCAAUUAGAGCUUGGUUCAAAGUUUUACCUUAUUGGGAUUUCUAUGGGUGCUUACCCAGUUUAUGGCUGUCUCAAACACAUACCAAAUAGGAUUGCAGGUGCAUCUUUAGUAGUUCCAAUGAUUAAUUACUGGUGGCCUUCGUUUCCUUCAAAUUUAUCUGAAAUUGCGUUUAAAAGACAUCUUUUGCAAGAUCAAUGGGCAUUUAGGGUAACCCACUAUGCACCUCAGAUACUUCACUGGUGGUUAACCCAGAAAUGGUUUCCUUCUCUGUCUAGUUUAGAGGGGAAGCUAGAUCUGUUUAGUAUCUCAGACAGAGAGAUACUGAAAAAGAUUGCUGAAAACCCAGAUCCUCAUCAGGGAAAGGGAACACAGCAGGGUGUAUUUGAGUCUCUACAUAGAGAUUUAAUGGUGGCAUUUGGAAGUUGGGAUUUUGAUCCUAUGGAAUUGAAGAACCCAUUUCCUGGAAAUGAGCAUAUUGUUCAAAUUUGGCAAGGUUAUGAAGAUAGGAUUUUUCCGUUUAUGCUACAACGUUAUGUUUCAGAAAGACUUCCAUGGAUCAAGUACCGGGAGGUUGUUGAUGUUGGUCAUUUGAUGCCUUACAACACCACUAUAUCGGGUGCCAUCUUAAAGGCUCUCUUAAUAGGAGAAGAACCAUCUUUCAUAUAACCAACUCUCUUAUGGGUAAAGUGUAAAUGAGAUGCUUAUUAAGGUGGUAGUGUAUCAGAAAUCAUGUAUCUUUCUCAUUAGUGACUUAUUAUAAAUUUAUCACUUUGAAAGUUAAGAUUCACCAUAUUUCAACCAAGAA